AUGUCCGCGAAAUCGAACGCGACCAAGCCGCCUAAACCGAGCCUGUCGCUGUCGCUGAAGCGCGCCGCGGCGGCGGCAAACGUGGAAGACGAGGACGACGUCCUGGACAGCGACGGCGACGGCGACGACGACGAGAUCGACCCGGUGUGGGCGGGCGGAGACGGAUUCGGAGACCACGACUUCUCCGAUCUCGUCUUGAAGCCCGACCACGCGAACCGCCCGCUGUGGAUCUGCGGCGACGGGCGCAUCUUCCUCGAGUCGUUCUCGCCCGUGUACAAGGCGGCGUACGACUUCCUCAUAUCCGUCGCGGAGCCGGUGUGCAGACCGGCGAACAUGCACGAGUACCUGCUCACGCCGCACUCGCUGUACGCCGCGGUGAGCGUCGGAUUGGAGACGGCGACCAUCUUGAGCGUGCUCGGUCGGCUCUCGAAGACGCAGCUCUCGAACGAAAUUCACUCGUUCGUGGAGGCGUGCACGGCCAACUACGGCAAGGUGAAGCUCGUGCUGCAGCGGAAUCGGUUCUUCCUCGAGUCCCCCGACCCGGGCGUGCUGCGGACGUUGCUGAGGGACGAGACGAUUCGAAAGGCGCGCGUGCCGCCGCCGCCGGGGACGGAGACGGGGACCAGACGCGAGGGCGAGGCGUUCACGGUGUCGCGCGCGCUGAGGGAUAAGGCGGCCGCGGCGGUGACGCAGGCCGCGGUCGACGGCGACGACGGCAAAAGUAAAAGCAUCGUCCCCGCGGGUCCCGGCGAGGAGGAAGGCGGCGAGGGACGCGACAAGCCGAGCACGUUUGACGAGACGUCGGUGCCGGAGUACGAUCCGCUGCGGGAGAUCUCGUCGUUCGAGAUUUACGCGGAGCAGGUGGAGCACGUGAAGCAGCGGUGCCUCCCCGGGCAGCUCGGGUACCCGACGCUGGAGGAGUACGACUUCAGGAACGACACGAGGAACCCGGACCUGGACAUCGCGUUGAAGCCGAUGACGCGGAUUCGGCCGUACCAAGAGAAGAGCCUCUCGAAGAUGUUCGGCAACGGCCGCGCGAGGAGCGGGAUCAUCGUCCUUCCGUGCGGCGCCGGGAAGUCCCUCACCGGGAUCGCCGCCGCGUCGAGGGUGCGGAAGUCGUGCCUGUGUCUGUGCACGUCUUCCGUGAGCGUCGACCAGUGGGCGGCGCAGUUCAAGCUGUGGACGAACCUCACCGACCGCGAGAUCGUUCGGUUCACGUCUCAGACGAAGGAAGAGUUCCCGCCCGUGGACCAAGCGUGCGUGUGCGUGACGACGUAUAACAUGGUAUCCGCGGGGGGCAAACGCAGCGAAGAGAGCAGGCGGGUGUUGGAACAGAUGCGAGGGAGGGAGUGGGGUAUAAUGCUCCUGGACGAGGUGCACGUCGUCCCGGCGGCGAUGUUCCGCAAGGUGAUCGGCAUCACGAAAGCGCACUGCAAGCUCGGGCUCACCGCGACGCUCGUGCGCGAGGACGAGAAGGUGGAACACCUGAACUUUCUCAUCGGUCCGAAGUUGUACGAGGCGAACUGGUUAGACCUGCAGAGGGACGGGCACAUCGCGAACGUGCAGUGCGUCGAGGUGUGGUGCCCGAUGACGGCGGAGUUUUUCACAAAGUACCUCGAGCCCGAGUGCAAGCCGAAGAAACAGGCGCUGUACUGCAUGAACCCGAACAAGUUCAUGGCGUGCCAGUACCUCAUGCAGUUCCACGAGCAGCAGAGGAAGGAUAAGAUCAUCGUCUUCAGCGAUAACAUCUUCGCGCUGAGGGAGUACGCGACGGCGCUGCGACGGCCGUUGAUUUACGGAGAGACGAGCCACGCGGAGCGCACGAGGGUGCUUCACGCGUUUAAGUUUAGCAACGAGAUCAACACGAUCUUCCUCUCCAAAGUCGGGGAUAACUCGAUCGACAUCCCAGAGGCGAACGUGAUCAUUCAGAUAUCUUCGCACGCGGGGUCGCGACGGCAAGAAGCGCAGCGAUUAGGGAGAAUUUUACGGCCGAAAGCCGCGGCGCUGGCGGCGAUGGCGGCGGGGAAGGAGGUCAAAGUCGGCGCCGGAGAGCACAACGCGUUCUUUUACAGCCUCGUCUCCAAAGACACGGACGAGAUGUACUACAGCCAGAAGCGCCAGCAGUUCCUCAUUCAGCAAGGAUACGCGUUCAAGGUUGUCACAGAUCUCAUAGGCGACGGCGACAGACCGCAGCUUCACUACAGCACGCGAGAGAAACAGAUCGAGCUCCUCGAGCGCGUGCUGCGGUUGGGCGAGGCGGAGGCGGGCGAGGAGCUUCUCCCCGCGGACGAGGACGACAUCCGCCGCGGUGGGAAAGCGGCCGCGGCGAGGCGGACGCAAGGGUCUAUGCUCGCGCUGUCUGGCGCGAAGGGCGCGUAUUUGGAGCUUCGGGAGCGGCGGCGUCUCGAAUAA